CUUUUCCUCUUUGGGGUCUGGGGGUCCACGUUGGCUUCCCCGGGCUUCUGUGCCCGCGAGGCCCGCGUCGCCGACUCCACCGUAACGCAGGGAGCUUCCCCGGCCGAGCCAGCCACUCCCUCCUCCGGCGCCCCCGGCCGAGUUGGACCUUCGUCCCUUACCUUCGGCAGCCACGGCGGUCCUUUCCUGGUUAGGUUCUCAUCGGAACGUGUGACCCGGCGUGUGCUCGGAAAUGUAGGUGAAGUUGAGCCUUUCAAGGCCCUCAUCAGGCGAUUCUGAUUCAUGCAAAUCUUUCACUUGCUCAUACCACUCACUGAGAACAGCGAGGUGUGGCGGAGCCUGUGCGCCCGCAGCCUGGCCGAGGAGGCUUUGCGCACGGACAUCCUCUGCAACCUGCCCGGCUACAAGGCCAAGUCUUCUCAGCCAUUAUGGCUGUCAAGUGGAUUGGUGGACAUUCUUCUCCUAUUCUCUGCCUGAAUGCAAGUUCAGAAGGGCUAGUGGCUUCUGGAGCAGAGGGUGGAGAUCUCAUGGCUUGGGGUGAAGAUGGGACUCCAUUGGGACAUACACGCUUUGAAGGGGCCAAUGACGUUACCUGUGUCUUAUUCUCUCCCUCCUGCCCCACCAAACUCUAUGCCUCGCAUGGAGAAACUAUUAGCAUACUGGAUGUCAGAUCCCUCAAAGGUUCCCUGGACCAUUUUCAUGUGAAUGAAGAAGAAAUCAAUUGCCUUUCAUUGAAUGAAACUGAAAACCUGCUGGCUUCUGCUGAUGACUCUGGAGCAAUCAAAAUCCUAGACUUGGAAAAUAAGAAAGUUAGCAGAUCGCUGAAGAGACAUUCCAACAUCUGUUCUUCUGUGGCUUUUCGGCCUCAAAGGCCUCAGAGCCUGGUGUCAUGUGGACUGGAUAUGCAGGUGAUGCUGUGGAACCUUCAGAAAGCCCGGCCACUCUGGAUUACAAAUUUACAGGAGGAUGAAACAGAAGAACUGGAGAGCCCACAGUCACUGGGUCAGCUUUUAAAUCCUGCUCUCGCCCAUUCUGUGUCUGUGGCAUCAUGUGGCAAUAUCUUUAGUUGUGGUGCAGAAGAUGGAAAGAUUCGAAUCUUUAGGGUAAUGGGAGUCAAGUGUGAACAGGAAUUGGGAUUUAAGGGCCACACUUUGGGAGUAUCCCAGGUCUGCUUUCUGCCAGAAUCUUAUUUGCUGCUUACUGGAGGGAAUGAUGGGAAGGUAAUGAUGUGGGAUGUAAGCAGUGAAGUUGAGAAAAAACAGAAGAGUCCUACAAAACAUACCCACAGGAAAAGCACUAAAAGGGCUACUUAUACCAACCAGGGUGGAAACACUAAUACUUCAGUAACACAUGAAGAACAGGGCAAAAUUUUACCAAAGCUAAGUAUUGAACAUGGAGAAAAAGUGAACUGGCUCUUGAGUACAAAAAUAAAGGGUUGCCAAAAUAUAUUAGUAGCUGAUCAAACUAGUUGUAUAUCUGUGUAUCCCUUAAAUGAAUUUUAAAUCCAAUAAAAACAUUUGAAUAACUGCAGUCAACUUU